AUGAAGUUCACCUCCAUUGCCAUCAUUGCUCUCGCCGCUGGCGUCCAGGCUAGCGCCUUCAAGCAGAAUGAGCCCGCGGUCCGCGGCAAGGGCAUGGCUAAGGCUGUUGGCACUGGUGUCUCCACUGGCACCCACCCCAUCAUGACCGGCACCUCCAACAACGGCACCCACGGUGGUAGCAACAGCACCGUCACUGCCACCUCCACCAGCACCUUCUGCCCCGGUGGCUGCCCCCCCAAGCACAGCAGCACCGCCCCCGUGGUUGCCCCCAGCUCCAAGCCCUCCAGUGGUGUUAGCGGCGGCGCCGGCUCCAGCUCCGGCUCCAGCUCCGGUGAAGGCUCCAGCUCUUCCAGCGGUGCCAAGCCCAGCACCUCCGGCUUCGUUCCCUCCAGCCCCGGCUCCAAGGUUUCUGUCUCCAUGGCCGGUGCUGCUCUUGGCAGCAUUGCCUAUGGUGCUCUCGUCUUCCUCGCAUAA